CCACCUAAAUGCCUCUCAUGUGUCUUGUGUCCUAUAUAUUACUCUCUUAUCACACACUCUUUUACAUUCAAACUAACACACAAAUAAACAUUCUUCUGUCACUUGGAAAACUUGUUUUGUUUGUUUGAUCAUAUCAAGAAUGGGAAAGAAGAUAGUGAAGUUUCCUUCUAUGUUUAAGAAGAGAUCAUCAAGUGAUCAGUGGCAAUGGCCGUCCUCUGGAAAGCAUAAUGUGAAUUAUGAGAAUGGGGAUGAGUUGAUGUUCAAGACGGUUAAUUCGGUUUUCUUGGAGCCCUGCAUUGGUGAUCAGACGUCGGGAGAUAAGCCGUCUUAUGGAUGGUUUACGAAUGCUGAGUACUCUCCAAGCCUUUCGGAUACUAGUGAGCAGGUUGAGGAUGAGGAUGAUCAGGAGAUGGAAGAUGAGCUGGAGGAGAUCAUCCGUGGGGUGCGAUCAGACAGGCUGUUUUUCGAGCCCUGCAAUUCGUUGUUAGGCUCAUCAACAACAACAACAACCACGACAACAGGAACUGCAGCAACUAGUGACACUAGAGGUGCUAGUGAUGAUGUUUGUUACAAUGAUGUGGAGGAGUUGCCGUUCAAGGAAAGUAUAGUCUUGGCUAUGGAAUCAGAAGAUCCGUAUGAAGAUUUCAAGGGAUCAAUGCUGGAGAUGGUGGAGAGUCAUGGAUUGAAAGAUUGGGAAUGUUUGGAGGAGUUGCUGGAAUGGUACUUGAAAAUGAAUGGUAAAAUGAACCACGGGGUGAUUGUACAAGCUUUUGUUGAUUUGCUGGUGGGACUUGCUUCUGAUGACUCUACUUCAUUUUCUUCGGCUGCUUCUUCUUUCUCUGCUUCCUCCUCUUCUCCUUUGUCCACAGUUAGCAGGAGAGAGCUUUGUAACCAUGAUCACAUGUAAAAAUGCUAGUUUCUUCAUCAAUGUAGAUAAUAUUUCCUGUCCAAGAAAAAUGUAUAUAAUAUUUGGGCAGUCCCCAAUCCCCCUUUCUUUCAUUGCUAUUGUCAGUAGCUGAAUUGGUAUGUACAUACAAAAUAUUAUA